AUGGAAUCAAAAUUAUUCACUCCAGAGAAUGAUGAACAAUUAAUAGCACUUGUUCGUGAUCACCCUGUUUUAUACAAGUUAAAAGACAAGAACUAUAGAGACAAUAACAUAAAGGAUAAUGUUUGGAAAGAAAUUUCAUUUAGUAUCGGAAAAAGUGCUAAUGAUUGCAAGACACGAUGGAGAACUAUUAGAGACUCAUACAAAAAAACUUUAAAAAAAAUGAAAAUGGGUACUGGUUCAGCUGCAAAAAAUAAAUCAAAAUACAACGAUGACGCAUUAAGCUUUUUGAACGAACAUGAAGAGGAGAGAAGGACAAAAUCAAGUAUAAUGAUCGACAAACAUAUUGAGAAUACUGCAAGCUUGGAUUGUUCAGAGAUAACAGGAAGUGACAGUGCGCACCAGACUGAAAACUACAACUCCGAAAUGUAUAUUGAACCAGCAAGUGAAACUUCAAUAAUUUAUGAAAUAAACGAAUAUGAUAAUAAUUUGAAUAAUACCUCAAAUGUUGUCCCAAACGAAAUAUUUAAAAAUGUUAAUGAAAAACAAAAAAAAGGAGGCAACAAGGAAAGAUUGUUACAAGAAAUAAGACAAGGUAGAGAAGAACGCUUAAAAAUGAUCAAGGAAAUAAAGCAACAAUCAGAAAACCAUCCAAUACAAAUUUUUUUUAAGAGUAUGGCUUCAACAGUCAUGACUUUUCCCCCAGAAUUAGUAGUAGAGGCGAGAAAUCGGGUUUGCAAUAUUAUAUCCGAAAUAGAAUUGCGCGCAUUAAAGACAAAUAUAUCAAUGGGAACGAUUGAUCAAGAAACAGCACCAACAAGUUCAUCUACACAAAAUAUUAUUCCAGUCACAAGUGAAGAAUCAUUACAGUCAUAUUCGAGAAUUCCUGUUGACGAACAAAAUCCAAAUAAUACUUUUACAUAUUUGAAUUACCUACCUAUGACCUAUAACUAA